AUGGGGCCCUCCGGCAAUCACCAUCGUCGGCGUAGCUCCAUGCUAACCGGGGCAGGGCGAUCACAAACCCCGGCAGAGCGGAGAGACGAAGGUUGGUCGCAUGCAGACGGUGCCAACAAACGCGAAGAACAAGAGCCUUUGACCGCAGAGGACACCGAUGCGUCCGAACUUUCUUCCGCCGCCGAGAGCCUGGAGUUGGACCCGAUCAGUUCGGAUGACGAUCAAUAUGACGAGGAGACUGGUCUCACAACAAGCCAACGGCGUCAGCGACGUCGACGGCGCAGACAGCGCCGCAAGCUGGAUGCUCGAAUCGCGGAUGUGAAGGGUCAAGGAAACAUUCGCGAGAUCCUGUCCGAUCGCAAUGUGGUCAAGAGGCUACUCAUCAAUGGCGCAUUGAUCUUGAUGUGGUACUUGUUCUCCUUAUCCAUUUCAAUAUAUAACAAAUGGAUGUUCUCUGAGAGCGAUGUCGUCUUUCCUUUCCCUCUUUUCACAACGAGCUUACACAUGCUUGUCCAAUUCUCUCUUGCCUCAUUAAUACUAUGGUUAUUCCCAUCGCUUCGUCCGCGACAACCGACCGGGUCUGCGACCACCUCCCCCAUCGAUGGCCCCGAGGAGCCACAACCUCUCAUAUCUAAAUUCUUUUACUUGACUCGCCUCGUCCCGUGCGGUGCCGCUACCUCACUCGACAUUGGCCUUGGAAACAUGUCCCUGAAGUUUAUAUCUCUCACUUUCUUGACCAUGUGCAAAUCGUCCGCUUUGGCCUUUGUACUCUUGUUUGCCUUCCUUUUCCGCCUCGAGUCUCCAUCGAUGAAACUCAUCAUCAUUAUCGCCACAAUGACCAUAGGAGUGGUGAUGAUGGUCGCUGGAGAGACUGCUUUCAAUGCGCUGGGCUUCACACUAGUCAUUGCAUCUGCGUUCUUUUCCGGCUUCAGAUGGGGCUUGACCCAGAUCCUCCUACUCCGCCAUCCGGCGACUUCGAAUCCGUUCUCUACUCUUUUCUUACUUACGCCCAUCAUGUUCGUUUCUCUUAUCCUCAUUGCGCUCUCUGUGGAGGGCCCCCACGAGAUUUACAACGGAUAUCUCGCACUGGCUAGCGUGCAUGGUGACGUAAUGGGCGCUUUCCUCCUCGUUUUCCCUGGAGUUCUAGCAUUCUGCAUGAUUUCUUCCGAGUUUGCGCUCCUAAAGCGCUCCUCCGUCGUCACUUUGAGUAUCUGCGGUAUAUUCAAGGAAGUUGUGACGAUUAGCGCAGCCGGUAUCAUCUUCCACGACAAGCUCACUGCGGUUAACCUCACCGGUUUGGUUGUCACCAUCAGCAGUAUCGCAGCAUACAACUACAUGAAAAUUGCAGGGAUGCAAACUGAGCCGAAGGAAGAAGAGUGGAGCCGCGAGUCGAGUCCGUUGUCCGAUACCGAAGGUGAGGGCGAGUACAGCGGUGGUGAGUGGGGUGAUUAUCGACAAGUUGCACCCCAAGACUCGCACAUAGUCAGCCCGACCCCUAACACGCAUUCCUUCGAGGCAUCACCAGCCGGCGACCAACGCCGUUCAUUCCGAGUCCGCGCGAGCGGUUCCAGACCUGGCCUCUCGGUUUCCACCACAAUUCCCGAGGACGAUGGACCAGACCCGCCCAUCAAAUCCGCUCCCCCAACCGUCACAACCAUGGCUGAGGCUGGAUAUCCCCAGCUUCUUCCGUCUACCCGCGAAGCAUCACCCGGCAUACAAUCGAACGCCUCUGCUUCGCCCACUCGAAACCAACAUUUUACCUAG